CAAAAAUAAAUUGAAUUGACUUUUUGUUACAUAAACAUUAAAUAAAAAUAUAUAAUUCUGAAGGAAUUACCCAACUUGUAGAAUUCUUUAUUGUCUUCCAACUUAUUUGGUUUGUCAUGUGUUUCAAGCAGUUCGGAGCACUUCUAGGAACUGGACUGUCAAAUUAAUGAAACUGUUCUGUGAUAGAGAUUGCUGAUAGUAUUUGAGUUUGACACGUUAUCACCAUGCUUGGAAUCACAGGGGGGAUUCGAUGUUUUGCGAGUGUUGAUGGCGAUGGAACCAAAGAGAGUGAUAGGCUAAGAGAAUUUAGGAAGAAAUUACGAGCAAAAACACCAAUAGGAAAAUUGGAGGAAUUAGAGGAGGGAAAGCAUCCUUAUCAGGAGAAAGAACCCCUCGAGCCUCAUCCAAACAAUACAAAUCCAAAUACUGGUGAAGUUGGAGGUCCACGAGGCCCAGAGCCCACUCGCUAUGGAGAUUGGGAGCGAAAAGGACGAGUUUCCGAUUUUUAAGUCAUUGUUAUAAUUUUCAAAGGAUUAUUCUCGUUUUUAAGAAUAAAUACGAAAUAGAAUAAAAAUACUUGAUUCUCUAA